CUGCGCGCAGCUUUCCAUACGGGGCGGGGUGCCGCUCUCUCCGGCGGCGCAGCCAGAGCGCAAAGCGCACCGUCAUCAGCUGCUUUCUCCGCGUCGUCUGCCCGUCACACAGCUGAGAACAUGGGUCUGGAGAAGGAGAGGUCGGACACAAGUAUAAUUAUGGACGAGGACGAGUUCAACAGAUCGAUCGAGCCGAUUCUGUCGAAGAAGGGAAACGUGUACGCGGCGGCACAGGACCGGGAUCCAAACGAUAUCAACUCCAAACUAAAGGUUGGUUUUGACGACAUCAUCGCGGAGCCCAUCUCCACGCACAGCUUCGACAGAGUGUGGAUCGGAAGCCACGCCGUCUUCGAGCUGGUCAAAUACGUCUUUUACCGCCUGCUGACCACUCUGCUGGCCGUGCCCGUGGCUUUCAUCCUCGGGGUGUUCUUCGGGAUCCUCAGCUGCAUCCACAUCUGGCUGGUGAUGCCUGUGAUCCAGAGCUGCAUUAUGCUCUUACCGUCCGUCCAGAUCGUGUGGAGGAGUCUGAUGGACACUUUUGUUUCCCCGCUCUACUCCAGCAUGGGGAAGAGCCUGUCCUCCGUUCAAGUUAAGAUCACUGAGGACUGAUGAAGACGACCUCUCUCUGUCUCUCUGUCUCUCUGUCCCAGGAGAAAAAAAAAAAUGAUGCGAGUGGAGUUCUAAAAGUAAAGUUAUUUUAAAGAAAUUUUGUAGACGACUGAAACAGCUUCAGAGUAGAAUGAUUUUAGGAUUAAGCGUGGAUUAUAUAGUCUGACUGCAGGUGACAUACUGCAUACAUACUGUAGCGCUUGUAAUUCAGAUACACAGCAUUGAAACAGCAGUUAUUCCAAUUUGAUUGCAGAAUAUUUAUAUACAGGGUUCAGUGGUUGUGAUGGUACUAAAACACAAUAAACACACCAGAGAGGCAGUGAUGUCAUAUCAUACUCCACUUUAUAUUAUAAUUUUGCAUAUUGCACCUUAAAAAAAACAAACAAAAAAAACAGACUGUGGCCUAUAAAGAAGGAUUUCAUUCCCAUCAUUUUAACUGCUGCAUCUUUGAGUGUCAUGGGAGCCGAGAUAGGUUGAGAGGUGUGGUCCACAGCUGGACAGGUGACCAUGAACAAAUAUUAACAUACCCUAUUUUCUGUAUCACUAUGCAGAUAACAUUGAGCUUUUAUAGGAGCUCGAAGCUGAGUUGUUUUUCUGAUCGUGACCAAAAGAAAUUCUUGUCAUUCCAUUAUUUUUGCCUGAGAGAGAAAGAGAGAGAUGUGGAUUUUUUUUCAUAGCUCAGUAGGAGGAGAGUAAACGUAGAGUAGCGACUGCUCACUUGCAUAAAGAUGUAAUAUUUCUGCUUCCUUUUCAUGUUGUAUAUUUUGCAAAGAGUUCAGCUAUAAUUUGAAUGUAAUGAACUGGACCAGAGACAGUCAGAAAGAUUUUGUUUUUAUUAUUAUUAUUAUUAUUAUUAUUAUCAUUAUUAGUAAUAAUAAUAAUGUACAGUAGAAGCCCACGGCUUGUUGCACAUGUUGUUUUCACUGUGCAUUGGCAAUAACAUGAUACAGAUGCUUAUGAUAUAUGUACGAGAGCUGUUGUAACAUGUUACAGAAAUAUGUCAGAGACAGGACUCAUAUUAUUGGACCGGGGUGACUCUGAUUUCUUUUUUUUUUGAUUGAUGCUUUUGAAGUGAUAUUAAAGACGUUCACGUCAGUCACCACAGAUUGAUGAAGACUGUUUGAAGCCUCAUCUGAGCUGAGACUGUGGUACAUGCAUAGUUUGUGAACUUAGAUGAGAUAAAUUAGUUUCAGGUACAAGCUUGCACAGUUCCACCACCUGCUGCGAGCUGUACAAUCUCAAUUGUACUGUAUGUGACGCAGAGAUCAUCUGUCUAGUGGUGGAAAACCAGAAUAUGACCUGCUUUUUUGUCUUGUUUUUGCACAAUGAGACAGGCACUUUUUUCCAGCACCUCUGUCAGAGUCACUGAUGGUGGACGGCUGCCAUGUUGCCAGCUAAUAUUGUGCUUGUCGCCAAGUUUAUCAAUUCAAGUUGGGCAAUAGUGGAAAAAAAUAACAUAACAUGUUGCCCUAAACAGCCUCAGUCCAGCUAAUCUUCAUACAUCAUAUAAUCAUUUUUGGACAAAUAAAUCAUAACUGUGUAUUAAAUUCUCUUAGCUGGUUUUUAGCUCAAAAUACAACUAUAUUUGUUGACUUUAAAAAGGCCAAAUGUGUUACUUCUCACCAAAAUAAAGACUUCUUUUCCUCAA